AUGAACGAGCAGCCAUUGACACCGACUGGGGAAUCAAAGCCUCAACGAAGUGCCUGUGAGAGAUGUCGAACUCAUAAACUGAAAUGCAACCGCACUGCGUCUGAUGGCCAUCAUGAUCAAUGUGACAGAUGCGCUAAGGCGGGUUUGCAGUGUCAGACAUUCCCUUCUUUGCCUCCGGGAAGACCUCGACUAGACACUGACCACGGCCGACCAUCUUCACGGCGAUCGAAUCAAAAACGGAAAGCUACUCAACAGGCCUACAGGACUUCUCAUCUAGGAUCGCAAGAAGGAGCAUCAAGCCAUCCGCUGCCACAAGUAGGCGCUUUCAAUCAUGCGACGCUACCAGCUGAAUCUUUCACUGCGGACGAGUCGAUGCUGCAACCAUCCGCCAGAUCAGAUGUUACAGGACACGCCACGGGCAAUAUUCAGUCUACAGCCGCUUCAAGCUACGACACGGUCGACAUGCAUAAUGAUCAUGACAUGGCCUUUGAUGACUUUAUGACCUUCCCUGGGCUCGAUGGUUGGUCUGACCUCGGCCAAUUCACCCAGCUUCUCGGAGCCAAUCUGCCUAUGGCGUCGCAAGUGGAUAAAGGGUAUCACUAUCUUGAUAAGCUCACACGUUUGAAUGCCGAACUACUGAGAUAUACCGCGAAUAUCGACAGCACAUUGCCUUCCAGUACUCAACCGUCGCACCAAACAGCGACUGUCGGAAGGAUGCUAAGUUUCGUCCAAAGUUUUCUCGAGGUACUAAAGUACUACUUGAUGACCAUGCCCAUCAAAAGUGCCCCACGCUUUGAAAAGCAAUCGAAUGCGGACGUCGAUGAUGAUUCCGAGCCUGAGUUCGGGUCUGGGGAGGAAGAGCUGAGAAUUCGCAUGGACUGUGACGAACCCGGUGGUGGAAACAAGUCGUCCACAUCUCAAGCGGUGGGCUCGAAUGAGGAGCGCCCGGGUCUAGACUACCCGACGGCUCUCGCCUUGAGUACCGGUUAUGUCUCGCUGGUCCGGUUGUAUCGUGGUUGGUUACAAGGUAUGAUGGGAAGGUUACAGGAUUCCGCACAACGAAUACGAGAAUAUGCCGCUUCGAGACGUUCAGUCGCAACAGGUGAUGGCCGUCCGGAGGACCCCACUGCGAACCACAUCGCCUAUUCACAGCUAUUCAGCGAUAUUCCCCAGGUGUUUCCCGAAGUGUACCUGGAUGGCUUUGAUUUGGGUGAUUAUCGAUCUCUCCAGAUCUCGGUAUUUAUGCAAGUCAGUAUGGAUCUACUCUGGCGAGCAGAGCGAGGUGUUGCAGCGUUGGUUGCGACUGAUUCUACUGGAUCGAACGCUUCCAGCGGCACCCUCCCAGUCCUCCAAGCAAUGUUGCUGCAGGAGGCUAUUACUGGCAGAUCUACAUCUGCUCCCCUCGAAAGGGAUAGGCGAGCCAUGCCAGAGGAAAUUCCGAAGGAAAUCGGUCUGCAAUCGCUCAAGGUAAGCAUGCGUGCGAUCCGAAAAAGUCUUCGGAGUAAUGUCUGUCUGCAACUCGAAGAGGGCAACCGAUCCUCCGAACAGGGGAACGCGACGUGGUAA